UUGGAACUUACACCAUUUUCGAUAAAAGAUUUAUCUCGGGAUUUAUUUUAUAUCAUUGUAACGUAACAUGCCUGGAACGUAUUGCUACUACUUCAACUGUAACAAGAAGAAAAGUGACUUUCCACUUUUGCGAAUGUUUAGAAUUCCUGUAAAGGAUAGCCAACAGACCAAGCGAUGGAUUAUAAACUGUGCAAAAAUCAUCUUAUUCGAUAUGGAACCAAAGCAACUACACUCAAAGUACAUAUGCGAGCAUCAUUUUACAGAAGAAUCAUUUAUGGAUCCCCAAAAUCGUCUCAGGCUAACAUCAAAUGCUGUUCCACUUCAUUAUAGCGGUUCAGUUUCAUCGGCAAGAAAAUCAGCCUCGGCCAGCCCCCCUUUGAAGGUUAGAGCACCUACGCUGUUCUUCACCUGAAAGUGGAUCUUCGGCAACAUGGAAGAAGUAAUAGAUAUUCCAUCUGUGCGGACAAGUUGUAAAAGAACUCUUACAUAUGAAGACACCCCUAAAGAAAAAAAAACUAAGGACCCGCCUUGGUACCCAGAAAAAAAUAAUAAAAAAUAGACAACAACAAGUGGUGAGGAUGAAAACCAAAAUUAAAAAACUGCAGCAUUCCUCUAAAUUAGAGAUCGUUUUAAACAAUUUUAAUUUUUCAAACAAAAAUUCAAAAGUAAUGGCGAAAAUGCAGUUUAAAACGAAGCAUAGAAAGUGGACUUGGCAAAAAAGAAGGCUUUCGUUAAUGAUUUUUUAUAAGUCGCCCACCUGCUACACACUCAUGCGGCAACAAGGGAUCAUUUUACCUGCGCCAUCAACAAUCCGCCAUUGGAUUGGUAGAUCCAUGUUUAAGACAGGGUUUUGCAAAAAAUAUAUGUACCAAAUUAAGUCAAAAUUCCAGGAGUAUUCUGCAAAUGAACGAGCAGCAGUUUGAUGUUUUGAAGAAAUUUAAUGUCCAUUAUGGAGUGUUUGCAGUACUCCAAAGAAAUGGACCUUGU